CGCAGCCACUCCUCCCCGCCCCCGCCCGAGGCAGGCGGAGAGUGAAGCGGCAGGCGCUGCACACACUGAGUCCGCGCUGGAGGCCCAGCGGGUAGGUAGAGGUAGAGCCGCUCCUCCUUCCGUCCUAAGCUGGCGCUUCCCCCAGCAGGAGGCCAAAAAAAGCAGGAAGGAGACAUGAAACCACCUCUGAGGGAACGCGAAGCGCGGUGAGAGUUCCCAGAGGAACGGUGUCCUUUCUUGGUAGCCGUACCUGUUUCACUGUCGGGGGCGGGGCUCCCGCUUUUCCCGCCUAAACUUUCGGGAGGCGGGGCCUCGAGGCCUGGCAGGGAAGGGGGUGCUGUGGGGAGCUCCGGCCUAGGCCUAGUCGCCCUGUUGAGGCCCUGCUGCCAUGAAGCUGCUGCGCCUGCUGUGCCGCCAUAAAACGGCCCUGGGCCUGGGUGGAUUGUCAAUCUUUGCAGUGGUCCUGCUUUACCUGGCCAAAUGCACCUCUGAGGGCCUCCGGCCUCUGCCAGCCCCGCAGGGGCUGCCUCACAACCAGCCUCCACCCCCGUCGCUUCGAGGUGCCAGGGGGCUGCAUCCUGCAGCAGCCCCACCGCCACCCCCUGAGGAAACAGCCUUCCUGGCUGUGCUCAUCAUGAGCGGCCCCAAAUACACUGAGCGCCGCAGCAUCAUCCGCAGCACGUGGCUCUCGGCAGCUGGGCGCCCUCCUCGCAGUGACAUCUGGAGUCGUUUUGUGAUUGGCACGGGUGGGCUUGGGGCAGAGGAGCUUCGUAGCCUGGAGCUAGAGCAGAGCCGUCACCGAGACCUUCUUCUUCUGCCAGAACUGCGGGAUUCCUAUGAGAACCUGACUGCCAAAGUCCUGGCCACAUACGUAUGGCUGGAUCUGCACCUGGAUUUCCAGUUUGCUGUGAAGGCUGAUGAUGAUACCUUUGUACGCUUGGAUGUGCUUGUGGAAGAGCUGAGGGCCAAGGAGCCACAUCGCCUCUAUUGGGGCUUCUUUUCUGGCCGUGGUCGAGUGAAAUCUGGUGGUAAAUGGAAAGAGAGUGACUGGGUCCUCUGUGACUACUAUCUACCAUAUGCCCUGGGUGGUGGUUAUGUUCUUUCUGCAGACCUGGUGCACUACUUGCGUCUCAGCCGAGACUACUUGAACAUGUGGCAGAGUGAAGAUGUCUCCCUGGGGGUCUGGCUAGCUCCCAUUGAUGUGAAGAGAGAGCACGACCCUCGUUUUGACACUGAGUAUAAGUCACGAGGUUGCAACAAUAAGUACAUAGUAACUCAUAAGCAAAGCAUCGAGGACAUGCUGGAAAAGCACCAGACCCUUGCUAAAGAAGGGAAGCUCUGUAAGGAGGAGGUUAAGCUCAGGCUUUCCUACGUGUAUGACUGGGGAGUGCCUCCUUCACAGUGUUGCCAAAGGAAGGAUGGCAUCCCAUGAGAGGUUGAGAAAGGAAAAGGCAAAUGGUUAAAGGACUCUCUGAGCUUGGUUACUGUCAUGUGGGGACAACUCCAGUAAUUUGGGCUUAAAAAUUACUCAAAGAUUUGCACGAUUCAUGAUGUCACGAUAAAUGUAACCCUGAAACUCCUAAGAGCUACUGAUGUGGCAUGAUGUAUGGAUGUAAAAAACAGAAAUAGAAGGCAAAAAAUAUGGAAAGGCUUACACUACAGGAUUGAAGGCAAAGAAUAGGUUGCAAAAUACGGAUAGAAUAAAAAAUUUGGGGGACAUAACUUGGAUGCAAAGCUGCUGGAAGAUUUUUAACAGAUUCUGAGAUUUAUUUGCUAAAGAUCAUGGCAGGCCUUUGCACCAUCUACAGGAUUGGGAAGCUAACAUCUACUGCUUGUUUCCUUUCAAGGAACAAGUGUCAAGUUUGGUAAGGUUUGAAGAUUGUAAUGAGACAGCAAAUCAGUUGCUAUUGCCAGUGGGAACAGGUGGCUGGUUACAGAUACAAGCAUCCAAGUAAAGGGAACACUUUUGCGCAGGAUAUUCAAGUUAGGGGAGGGAGAGAGUCUGUUCAUUGGAGAGUAUUCUGACCUACAAGAGUGGAAUUGUUAGACCAUCUGGGUAACCUGUCUCUAUUUUUUUUGGUUGUUGUUUUAAAGACAUCAUGUAUAUAAAUUAUCUGGCAGCUAAAGAGUAAGUUUGUAUUUAGAAAGGUGGGUGGGUUAUGGUAUCUUGCAGAAAUAGAGUAUAUUAUCUUCAUUUGGGAUCAAAUAGUUAUGCUACAAAGCUAGCCUUCAGUUAUUAGUCAUAGGUUUUGCUCUUAGCUUAUCCUGCAAACACACUGCAUAUGAAGAAACAUUUUACUUUUUUAAAUAGUAAAUAAUCCUACUGACUACUACAUGGUCACAUGUUGUAGGCUUAUAGAUUUCUAUUGUUUUGGAUUACUUCUGUAAAUAUAAGUUAGCAAGACUAGACCAGUGGAGGGUAUUCAGAAUUUCAAAUGUGACCAUCCCAACUUGCGUACCUCAGCUAAGAAAACAAACUUCUUGUGCAAUCAAGAGUGAGAAGUAGAUUGCCCUGAUUAUCAUAUGGAGGAAGAUACCUACUUUUUUUUCCUAAAUCGCUGUUUGAAGAUGACCUUGUCUGUCUUUUCAGUAGCUACAUGGGGAUCUAAGGACACUAAUCUCCCUAUUGUCACCUUCAGAUGUCCAAAGUUAGAUUCUGUGAAUUCCCUCAUUCUCCCCAGUAGCAUCCAAUGGUGGAACUAGAGAUAAUUUUGUUAAUAACUUGAUACUUAGUUUUACAAAAUAUCUAAAUUAAUUGCUGAAGUGAUAUCGCAGUGAAAUGGGAUUAUUUCCCCUAGUCCUGUUUACAUUGCAAAUAAUUCUAGUGUGGACAGAGCUUGUCAGCAGCAGUUGCAGUAUUGACCAGUAAAUGCAGACAGGAGAUUCUUGGCUGUAGAACAGCGCGCACAAUUUCAGCGUUAUUUCUUUCCAAACUCUUAGAUAAGCCUGUAAUCCAAACACUUCUGAACAGCACUGCAGAUGCUGUAGUACACAGAAGUACUUUUUUCCAGCACUAGUACAGAGCUGCUUACUUCUGAUAAAGUUUGUCAGCUACAGAUCUUUCAGGAAAAGUGGAGUUCUUACUUUUAUGCCUGAACAGCAUUUUCUUAGUGAUCACUUUUACCGUUUGUUGCACAGCGCACUUUCAUACAACUUCUUUAUUUUCCUUUUCUCCCUGGGCCAGUGUCUCUAUCUCACUUGCAGGAAGAGACAAACUGCAAAGAAAAAAAAUAAUUGGGGCUGAUAUCUGUCUGCUUUUGCUUCUUAGAUCUGCACGUUAACAAUUUAUACCAAAGGAAUCAAGUAUAGUUUUUGUUCUUGUAUCUCAUUUUGAUUAACUUAUUGAGGAUUAAGAAUGUCUUCUGGAGCAGAUGAUAAUUCUCUACUUUGAAAAUUUGAAUAAAAUCUUCAACUUCCUUCUAAAAAACAAAGUUAGCAAAUUAAGAUAUUGAAAAAUAAGUUAUUUUAGCAUGUGUCCAUUCUAAUGCAUGUGUUCAUGUAUGGACAGAUAGGCAGAUGUGCUGUUCAGCAAAGUAAAUUAUUCUAAAAUAUGAAGUUAAUAUUUAACAAGAUUACAAUAAAUUUGAAUUGGUUUCAGUAUUGUGAAAAUAUCUACUUGCUAUACUGGGUAAACUAUUAUGUUGUGUAUAUAUGUGAUUAAGUGCUUAUAAUUGUGAGUAUUUAUUUAUAAGUAUUGAAAAUGUAUUAUGUAUAGUAAAAAUACGAUUGCUAAAUGUCAUGUUUUAAAUUUGUUUGAGGAAGUGUUUUAAGGUCCAUGAGAACUACAUAUCAAGCAAUGUUUGAAUUUAGUGGUGUACAGUUCAUUUUUUAAAAUAUUGGGAUCUGAGUUGCAGAUCCAAAAUCUGCUGCAUGUCUCAAGCUAGUAAGAAUGUACUCCUCAUCCAUUUAUAUCAAUAACUCUGCUUAUGGAAGUAGUUUACAUUAUUGACUGUGGUUAAUUCUCCCUUCCCCACAAGUGUUUUUUCAUCAUUAGUAAUAUUAACAGAGGAGAAAAGCUGAAUCUCCAUCUGAGAUGUGGCCCAUGGAAAACAUGAUGCACAGAAAUAGCUAAUAACUAAGAAAUUCUCUUAGAGAAUUUCUUACCCAAGUGUCAGGAAUACAGUGCUCACCCUGCGAAGUACUUUACGUAGUAGAUCUCUUGGCAGCAUAACGGCCUUUUGCCUGCCUAGGUGCACUGACUGCACACUUCUAAGAUGAUGCCCAGAAAUGAAGAAGGCCAAUGGUAUCCUGGACUGCAUUGGAAAGAGUGUUGCCAGCAGGAUGAGGGAGAUGAACCUUCCCCUCUACUUUGCACUGGUGAGGCCACAUCUGGAGUACUGUGUCCAGUUCUGUGCUCCCCACUACAAGAAAGACAUUGGCAUGCUGGAGCAAGUCCAGCAAAGGGCCACAAAGAUGAUUAAGAGACUGCAGCAUCUGUCACAUGAGGAAAGGCUGAGAGGGCUGGAAUUGCUUAACCUGGAGAAGAGAAGGCUCAGGGGGGAUUUUAUCAAUGUGUAUAAAUAUCUGAAGAGAGGGUGUAAAGAAGGCAGAGCCAGACACUUUUCUCAGGUGCCUAGUGACAGGACAGGAGGCAAUGGGCAGGAAGUUCCCUCUGAAUCUAAGAAAAAACUUUUUUACUGUGAGGGUGAUUGAGCACUGAAACAGGUUGCCUGGAGAGGCUGUGGAGUCUCCAUCCUUGGAGAUACUCAAAAGCUGUCUGGACACAGGCCUACACAACCUGCUCUAGGUGACCCUGCUUGAGUGCGAGGCUGGACCAUAUGAUUUCCAGAGGUCUCUUCCAACCUCAACCAUUCUGUGAAAUGAUGGUGACAGCUCAUAUCUAAUUGACUAUUGGAUCUCAGUCUAAUAUAGCUUAGUUAUACCUUUUUCUGUCUGAGGUUACCUACGUUUUGCCCUAGUUGCAAAAGAAAUUAACACGGAAGGUUUGACAGAUUCUUGUCACUCAUUACCUCACUUCGAUUUCAGUCCCAAUUAGCCUGUUAAUUCCCAAAAAUUAAAAGACGAAAUUGUUAGGCUUUGUUAUUUUAAAAGCAAAUAGAAUGAUUCAGGAAAGUGCAGCUAUCCCAGGAGUCAUCUGGAAAAACCCAGUAUGUGACGUUUAUAGUGGCUCUAACUAGUACAGAUUGUGGGGUUUUGUUUGUUUUCUUUUAACUAGGAAGAACUUGCAUGCAAAAAAACCAUUAAUGUUAUGUUGGAAAAAUCAAGCAACAUCUGCGUAUUGCAUGAGAUGAAUCACUAGGACUUUAAAACUUAAAGUAUCAGUGUAAAUUUCAUUUUAAACCCAUUUUUUCCUAACCAAAAUCUACAAGCACAGAUCUUGAACAACAUGUGGAUUGAGUAUGUUUGUAGUAGUAAUUAAAGGUUAUUUUUCAUACCUUCUCAGGACCAGGUUCCAUAUUUUCUUCGGAGAUGAUGUCAUCUCAGAAGUCUAAUACAUAAUGAUUUUAUUAUUUAUGUAUUUGGAGAUUUUCUGAUGCUUGAAAAGUCAUGAUGGAGUCUUUGUCUCUCUGAAGUCAGUGGCAGGAGUUCAGCUUCAGUGGGUCCAGCAUUUGGGAGAAUGUUUAAGUGCUUCUGAGAAAUAAGCUAGUUUUUUGGCCUUUAUGACAGGUUCAUUAGAGCAGAAAGCUUUGCUGUGGGCCUGGGUGAAAGCAAGAUUAGCCAGGAACCGAUUUAGCAUCUUUCUUGUAACCAUUCUUUUAGUGACAAGAUGGGCUUUUUAUUUUUUUAAUAGCAUUUCUGCUGAUCACCAGGUUUUUUCUUCACAAGUACUUUGCAUUUUUAAUAGCUUCCCAUACUACCAGUACUAUCACCUCAGCUCUUCUAUAUAUCAUGGAUUACAGACUAGAAUUCAGGCAACUGCGUAAAGUGUAUAAGCUUAUGUCUGUAUCAAUACAGGACUACCAUAGAGUCAGGUUGUAACAGUAUUGCAUUUGUUAUUAUUCACUGAGUAUUUGUAGGUUUUAAAUUGGGUAUGUAGCACUCUACCAGAGCAAUAAAUAUAGUAGAGAAAUUAACUGUUCACAAGGUGUCCCCCUUUGAUGCUGAAAUUUUUAUAGCUGGCAAUGGCAUAAACUGAGCUAGAAAGUUGAUUUUUUUGUUUUUCUGGGAAUUUUUUUUUUGAGAUAUACAGCAUGACUCAUUCUCUUUUAGCAUGUAAAAAAAUAGGUAGCUAAAUCAUUAAUUUCAAUACUAAAUAGGUUAACAGUUCCACAAUAAAAAAAAAAAAUUCCCAAAUGACCCUAAUACUCCCUUCAGAUAUUAGAAAACCUCUUAGAAAUAUUAUCCCCGUAAUUGAAUACUUUAUUUUCUAAACAUGUGGUCUUGUUCAUAUGAAGUCUAUGAUACAACUAUGAUACAACAGUCUCAAAUAGAACUUGUACCUGUCUUAUUUAUGACAAAUGUUACCUUUUCUGUAGUUGUAAUACCUCAUUUUGAGUAUUUGAAUUUGUAUUUCAUGUUAGUGUUCAUGUUUGGAGGGUGGGGGAGAAGUCUGUAUCCAGUGUUAGUUUUGCAAAUUGAAUUAAAAGUACAGCAGCAUGAGAAGGUGAUUAAGACUUGCAUUUCUAUUGGUUUCUGUUCUGCUCCAGCAUCAAAGUUGAAGUGUUGUCUUGGUAUUUGUAUAUGCUUGACAAACUGUCAACACACAUACUACUAUAUAUUUCAUUUAGGGGACACAGCCUGUAAAACUCAAAUCUAUUGUUACAUGUUCAACAUGCUUUACCUUAGAAGACAAAUUACUUUAUGCUGACAUAAUAUGCCAGUUACUGCCUUCUAAUACAGACUGUUUAGCUGAUGUCUAUUAAUACAUGGAAAUGGCUCAGUUUGUUACUUACAGGCCUGUCUGAAGCUUGAAGGAUACUAUGUAAUAAGUGUGCCUUUAAAAACAGAAUUAGUGUGGAGUACUGUGCUAAAUAUGUUUUAAACAAUUGAAUCAAGUUAUGUAUUUUUUGCAACUACCUAAGAGAUUGGGGUGGGGCACACAGUUUUUUUGCUCAACAUUUACGUAGGGAAUAGCCUACUAGAACGCUGAAGUUAUUUGUGAAGAAAACAUUUGUUAUAUAGUAUAAGUGUGUUGUAUAGGUAUUUAUCUCCUUUCAUGUAUGGCUUUAUUGGCCAAAAGAUGUGUGCUGUAAUUUUUAAUAAAAGACUUUUGCUGUAGAA